UUGUGUCUGUGUUUUUUAUACGAAGAAGGUCAUAGCAGUACCAUGGUAUGUGACAGAACACUAUUUCGUGCAGUAUGAAUAUCGACGGUGUGAUUCCAUGUUCUGUUGAAAAGUGGGUUAGUCUAGUUGACAGAUUGUCACCAAGUCAGAAAUUCAGGUUUUAUGAAACGAAUAUGCAGGGCAUGUUCAGAAUACCAUCGAUAAAGAUGCGUGAUUUUUUGCUUCAUUUUUUACUCCAAGGUUACAAUCCAAGUAGCAAAAAAUUCAUGGUCCAAGAGAGUUCUGGAAGUAGUGCUGGAAGUAAAGGCCUUAUUUCACUAAGGCCUGAUGAUGUGUACUCCAUAUUUGGUUGGAAAAACAAUGGAGUGGAUGUUUUUGGUUUUCUUAGUACAGAAGGAGAAAAAGCAACCAAAAAAAUACCAGUUAGUUUUGUUAAAAAAAAUGUACCUAUACUGGGAGAAGGUGCAACCAGUCAUCGGUCCAAAAUAUGAUCCGUUGGCAUUGUUGAGCCCACUGAUGAGGAACUGGACGGAAGAUAUGGCUGUGAGAAGAGACAAAUACGACUAUGAAUAUGGUCGUGGUGUUGGGAUGAUCGAUGACAACAUUACAGAGGAGUACAAGCUGAAAAAAAUUGGAGAAGAAGCUGAAAAAACUAAGAAAGCUAGUACCAAAAAAUCUAACGUUACUGGAAGGAGGAAAGAGGGCAGUACCUCGGAGGCUUCGAGCCAGAAGCCUACUAUGGACCGGAUUUUGAGUGAGAUUAAUGAGCUUCGGAAGGAAAUGCUUCGUUUGCCAGAGUUAUGUGCACAGAGGAUGAUUGAGAAACUGAACAAAACCGGUGUCCUCUACAAACCCGGUAACCUCGAAGAAGAAGAAGAGAAUCUAUAUGGAGGCAUUAAUGAGUCUGGAAACGAUGGUGAAUUUCCGGAAAAAGAGUUUGUAUAUCAAAAAGAUGAUUCAGACCAGUUCCGUACACCUUCCAAAAUGAAUUUGCAAAAGGAUGAUGACGGCGUUGAUGUAACUUCUCGUGGAAACACACCUUUUUACUGCACUCCUGAGUACAUGGAUAGUUUCAAGGGUGAUAUGGAUGAUCCUAUCGAAAUACCAGAAGUAUCAGAUGAAAAAGCGGCCUCAUCUUUAGGGACGGACGAUACCGCAUCGCAUGCAUCGCUUGGUUCUCAAGGAGUGGAAGAGGAAGCGGAGGAGGUUACUGGCAGGCGCAAGCGCAAAGGGUCACAACAUGUCAAGUCUCCUUAUGUGGUCCCUAAACCGAACAAACGUGCAAAACGUUCUGCGAAAGGAAAAUUGUUCCAAAAUGGUGGUGUUAACAAAUCUAGUGAUGAGUAUGAUGUGGUGAAAGCGUCAAUCACGUACGUGCGUGCGCAUGAGUAUUCACAAAAACAUGCCAAAACAGAAAUUUUCAAUGAUGGCACAGAAGAUGGUCUCAGUGUGCAGAGAGCUUGUCAAAUUAUUAACCAUGAGUGGCUAAGUGGCGAUGUAAUUAAUGCAUACUCAUCAUUUUUGGCCGACAAAGUUAAUGACGAUCGUUUCAUGUUGAAAACUUGGAGGGUACAUUGGCUGCUUCACAUUAGACCCGGAAAGAAGACCGCCGGUAACGACUAUGAAGCAGAGUCGCAUAGUAAUGGACCCGUGAAUAGAUGUGAGGACGAGUAUUUCAAAAAACCAAAGACUUAUAUUCCUCUAAACAAGGGAAACACUCACUGGGUUACUGUCGUCAUGCAUAGCGGGAAGAGAGAGUUUCAGGUUCUUGACUCGUUGAUGACUGGAAAACUUGAUAGUGUUACUAGACAACUCGUUGAGGACCUGAGAAAACAACUAGGAGAAGAUAUCCAAGAAGCAAAUGCAACUGGAGUUGUGAAUUAUCCGGAUGUGUCCACAUGGACUAUUCAAACGUAUGACAUGCCAAAACAAAAUGAUGGGAAUUCAUGUGUAAUAUUUCUCCUUCGAUGCUUUCAAUAUUGGGAUGGUGACAAACGGACAGGCUUAUUUUCACAGAGGUCAAUUGAUGAUUCGAGGGAGGUAAUGAUGGCGCAACUUAUCUUUUCGGAAAGAAACAAGCUUGAUGAAGUGAAAAACAAAGUUAUUCAGAUAUCAAAGAAGAAGAAAUAGAUGCGACACGGAGGAGUUUUCCAUGUGAUUGGGUGUUACUGGAGGACUAUAUUUUCCUUUCCCGAUGCACACUUUGUUAUAAUUUUUAUGUAAUAGAUAUAUUUAUUGAUUUGGCCACUAUUUUGUUUCAAAAAGAUUAUAUACUUAAUUGCUUUUUUAUGACCAGAUGAUAUUUUGUUUCAGAAAAUUUAUAUAAUCAGUCUUUUUUUCUGUACACUAAACUAUGUAAUCGUGUCGUCGUUUAUUUUCUGUACACUAAACUAUGGUAGCGCAUUAUUAAAAAAAACUCUGGGAUUUUGUUUAGAAAAACAAAAAGUAAUUUAGAAAAACAACAAUAAUGUUUAGAUUUACAUAUAUGUAAUCGUGUCGUCGUUUAUUUUCUGUACACUAUACUAUGGCAGCACACUGCGUGUUAGUUUAGAAAAGCAAAAAAAUAGUUUAGA